CCGGCGCAUCUGUCUUCGCUCCACCUGGAGAGACUGUGGAGGGAAUUGUCAAAGACAAUCGAGAACGAAGGGAGGCUUCGAAUGGCCGUCCAUCCCCAAUUCACACUUUCCUUGCUCGCAUAGCCAGAGCGAUUCACCCAAUUGACUCAGCACCUCGACAGACGUCAUGGGUCUCCCCAUUUGGCGCGACCCGGAAGAGGAUGUGCCGUACAAAGACGCGAUCAGGAACGAUCCGACUGCUGCAGGUCGCUCAUCCAUACGCAGGCGAGCGUCAGUUCAUGGUCGGAGGGCCACAAGGCCUCGACUCCCUCUUGAACCCUCCCGGCGCUCUUCGCAUACCCCCGAUCGCUCUCCACGCCUGCCCUCCUCUCGCACUGGGACCACCGAGUUGCGCCGCCUAGAUCGCCGUGGUGUGCCCCCAAUCUCAACGCUGCUGGAGUCCGCGGACAUCGCGUCUACACCGCGUCCGCUUUCCUCGCCUGGUCUGGAUGCACACCUGACAGAAUUGGAAGAGCUACGAGCACAGCGUCGGGAUCUCAGCCGCGAGAUCACGCAUUUCUAUAACGUGUACGACGGAGGCUUGCUGCAUGGUGCUUCGGCAAGACCUGCUGCCAACCGCACCUACGCGGCGAGCUCUCAUUUAGCGGAGCAGGACGGCGAGGAAAGAGAUGCCACUAUUCAUCGCGCAUUUGGACGCUUGACGCGGUCUCCAUCGCCCAUCGCUCCACGCCCGUCUGGGAGAGAAUCACCGUCGGCGCCACGUUCCACUCGACUAGAUUCGCAUGCGGAACGCCGUGGGCGAAACGAUGCCAUUGCAGCAUUCAUUCGGAACACGUCGGAGGGCCCGCGCGCUCACGCGGCUUCGAAUGACCUGGACGGUCUAGCCGAGCAGCAUGUCCGCCGUGUACACCCCAUGGCCCGCUCUCGGCGAGCUGAGUCUCCGAUAGGAGGACUUGGAGAUCGUGAUCGCAGCCCACUCUCUGCUGGUGGCUGGGAGGUUAUGCGCUCAACCAUCACCCCAGACACAAACCUACCAAGUGCGGAGAGCAGUUUUGCAAGUGCUGUUGCCAGCGGCGUCUUCAGUGCGGGCACCACCAAUGCUGGGGAGCACGAGCGCUCUUCGACUUCAGAGACGAGUCGUCGAAGUUCCGAAGAAGAAGCGAACGCAGGAGACUCUGUAUCUUCCGUGGAUGCGGAUGACCUCGUAUGCAGCGAGGAAGAACGCGAGGCUACGGCGGCCUUUGCCUUGGAUUUCUACACGGGUGCAUCUCUCACCGAACAAGGUACGCGGCGCAUUGCUGAGCACCGAGCGGCGCAUAGCCUCGAGGGCGACCGCUUUGUGCUCUCUGGCGAAGGUGAGCAGAUCGAGAUUGGGUUUCGCCUGAUCAACGAAGCCCUAGACUCUCCCGAGGGCCAUCGGCGUCUAUUGCAAUUGAGCGAAAGCCGACGGAGAUCGGUACCGGACGAGGCCGGUCUGGAGGCGUGGAUAUCUGCGGACAGAAGAGACGGCGCUCGCAGCACGACGCGGGCUGAUCUCAAUAGCUUACGGGAAGGAACGGAGAUCUUGGAACACUACCUUGCCCGAUCGGUCGCUGGAGAGCCGUCGAGUCUUUCUGCGAGGCGCUGGAGAUCGCCUCCUCCACGCUAUGAGGCACCUGCUUCCCUCCCAGAUGGCGAGGCAUUCACCUCUCUCGACGAACCUGAGCCGCAUCCGGUAUCCCGACCAAGCUCGCGGGGGCAGCGUGGCAUUGGAGCCAUGCUCUUCGACGAUGAACUGCAAGAUUUGGACGGAGUGCGUCGCAUUGUGGAAAGGCUGGCGCAGAGGGAGGACAUACCGGACGAUUGGUGGACGAGUGUCGGACUCGCGCGCCACCUCCGGCGCACGCGUCCCCGUUUGCUCUCGACCGAGCCCGGGCGAGUGAGAAGCGGAAGAGUUGAACGCGGCAACCAGACGUCUCGUCUCUAGGAGGGCCUCCCUACCAGCUGUGUUUUCUCAAAAAAGUCAUUUCGUGGCCCGGCCGUCAGCAUCAAUCGUGAGCUUCGAUGUCGAUGUAUGUAUUAGGCAACUACAUUACCUUUCUUGACUUUUUUGUGCGGUGAAACAGUCCAAAGGGAACGUGGGAAAGGAAAGGCGAUUGGAAAGUGAUAGGGCAG